UUAAUUUCUCUUCUUCAUUUCAUUUGUCUGCCAUAUCACAAUAAUACGGCUCGUCAGUAAAAUGGCACAAAGCACGAAUAGAUCACAUUUUUUUGUUAGUAUAGGUUCUGCAAUGUUGUUCUUUACAACAUCAACUUUGAUAUGUGGAUUUAUUCGAAAAGAAACUGCGUGGAAUAAUUUUGGAAUUCAAGCAAUUGCGUAUUCUCUUUAUAUGAUUGCACCUGGUGUAUUAUGCGUUAUUUCUGGAUUUAUGAAAAGGUCAGCCUUGUUAGGGGCAACUCUUGCUUUAAAUGUCAUUGCUGUUAUCGCAUCAUCUUUAUGUCUGUAUGUAUCUGCUAAGGAAUGGAAAUCAAUGGACAAUUGUUAUGACGGUUAUUACCAGGGUUAUUGUAAACAAGUCGCAAGUCAGGGUCAGCACUUUGCUGUCGGUAUCAUUACAAUUUCCUCGACUUUAAUGGCAAUUAUGAGUCUUAUUGGAUCAAUUUAUGGAUGCGUCAGGAUGUGUCCAUGCUGCUAUACAAAUCAGACUUACGCACACAUACAGGACGACUUCUCGGAGCCUUUGCAGGUCUUUCAAGUCGAAACAGGUCAACAAGUUCCUGGACCACCUCCUUACGUUGAACCAUCCACAUCACGAAUAUAGAUUGAGGAAUGACGCAGUUUCAAUAAAUUCUGCAUCAAAUUUUGCACAUAAUUUUAGUUACGCUUCAUACCAGUCUAUUUUCUUGCACUUGCAGCUAAAAUGUUCAGUACGUCAAAUUGUUUUUACAACUAUAGUUACAUAUUAAAUUAAUUAUAGCGUAACUUAAAUUGUAAUUAGUCUAAACAUGUAAAAUCUCAAUAAUUGACAGACGUAAA